AUGUCUGGGAUAUUUUCAGAGGUUACAUGUUGGCGAUCAAGGGCAGCCCUACUAGUUUGUCUUGCUGUCACAUUAAUCGAGAAGAGUUACCAAUGUCCCGCGGAUCACACCUCAUUUCAACAGAAGGGAUUGUUGCCGGCAGCGCAAGGAAGCCGUGUUGCAAAACCUGGGGAUAAAAAGCAUCAAUUCAAAGCAUUUUGGGAAGAUUUCAAUUUUCCGUUUCCACAUCCAAAAGAUGCUACUAGUCCUCCUCCACCCCAGCGUAAACCUCCACCUCCUCGACGUCCAACUCCACGUCCAGUUCAACGCCCACCUCCUCCUCCCUCAACUGAUCCACCUCUCGUUCGUCCAUCACCGCCUGGUGAUCGAACGAAUGAUAAUCUCGGCAUGCCAGCUGGGCCUCAAACAAUACCCCCAUUAGAAGAUGAUGAGUAUGACGAUGAGCCAAUAAUAACUGAGCCUUCGCCACUGACAAAACGUCCAACGACAGCACCGGUUGCCGAAACCGAGGCGCCAACAACGAAUACCUCCACCACCUCCAGCGACAACUCCUCCACCUCCACCACCUCCCCCUACUACUGUGAAAACGAAGGCCCAAACUUCACCUUCUACUGA